AUGGCGGAUAAGAAGGACAGAGACACCGACAACCCGGAGGCGUCGGUGUCGGCGUCAGCAUCAUCUCGCCCUGUCGGAACACCAGCUAGCGACUAUAUUUCCGCCUCAUCGGUACCUCCAGUGAGACCUGCGCCAUCAUCCCGAAGAACAUACGGGACCCUGGAUGCAUAUACCAUCGAGUCAACUCCCGAAACCCGCCUCGACGAAUCCCAGGAAGAUUUAUCGUCUCGCCCAUUCGUCUCCCCUCCUCCGGCCUCGGAUAAGCCCAGAAAACCCUCCGUCACCAGACGCAUGUCCUCCAAACGUCAAGUUCCCCAUAAGGGUCAGGAGUUCUCAACAGAUGAUGAUGUACAGGAGGUCGAGCAGGACUUCGCCUCCUACCAGGCCUCUACCACGCAGCCUUCCCCGAGAAUUCGUCCCUUGCGUGCACAGAGCUCCACUCUUAGAAGACGCCCGAGUGUCCGCCCUAGCCCACUGACGCGAGCCGAGACCGAUAAUCUUGACGGAAAUGACGCCAGCUUGCCAGCCCCCGGUCUCGAAGCCUCGGUCGAAAUUCCAUCGCUGCGAGAGUCGGACGGGGAAGAGGAGGAAGAGAGUGCCGACGAACCGCAUGAUACUGAGGAGGAGGAGGAGGACGAUGACGAUGAUGAAGACGAUGUCGACGACGCGAGUGACGCGGAGAGCUUCACGCUCAAGGACCGACAGCAAGCCAUUAAUGAAACUCACCCGUUCGGUAUCAGGAUAUGGAAACCUGCCCUGUAUAAAAAGAGCCGCUCGGUGGAGAAGAGCGCUGAAGGUGAUAUCCACUCAUCUCCAGGGGGGGCGGUCAGCCCUAUGCUCUUCUUGACAAACAUUCUUUGGUCCCUGGUUUUUGGUUGGUGGCUUGCGCUGGUCGCUCUAUUGGCUGCCAUCGCAUGUUUCGUAUUCGCUUAUUCCUCCAGCGCCGUGGCCUAUGGGAGAGUAUUUUCGGGACUUUCCCGAUAUCUGUUCUAUCCAUUCGGCUCUUACGUUCUGCUUGAGACUGAUGAGAUUUAUGCGGAAGAGGAUGAGGGUGAAGGACGCAGUAUCAGCGAGUAUGAGCAGUGGCAGAAUGGUGAUUUGGAGCAUGGUCGGCUCUUCUUUGGCCCGCACAGGGACCGAUCCCUCGUUGGUCGACGUCGAAAUAGUGUUGAUUCCGCCAGUGAGAAUGAUAGUCUUCUGGGUCGGACACAGCGAGGACAACGUGAGGAUUCAUCACAGUUUCCUCAGUCCAAGCGGCGCCUUUUCGGUCGAGGAGAGUGGACUAUUGGCCGAGUUGUCUUUUUCAUUUUCUUCUACUUCUUAGUGGGACCAUUGAUGCUCAUGGUUUCGCUCGUUUGCUGGCUGCUUGUCUUCUUGAUUCCGAUGGGUCGAGUGACAACCAUCCUUGCGAGCCAUCUGCGGCGACACCCUCUCGCCUUGUCAUUUCACUCCGAUACCUCAUAUGCUAGACUCAGCUCGGGGUCUUCUUCGCCUUCCAUCCUCCUCUGCACAUACCGAGCCGCCGGAUCGAGAUACUGGAAAUAUACGAUUGACGGAACGAACAUAUUUUUCAUCAAUUUGCUUGGCGUCGUCGUCUUUGUGAUUUUCGACUACUUCGUGCUCGAUAAAUUCCUGGGCUUGCAGUCCUGGCUGACCCACCCCGGUCUGAUCUUCACUCUUGCUCUUUUCUCCGUCAUCCCACUGGCAUAUUUCAUUGGGCAAGCUGUGGCCUCAAUUUCGGCUCAGUCGUCAAUGGGCCUGGGUGCUGCAAUCAACGCAUUUUUCUCGACUAUUGUAGAAGUUUAUCUCUAUUGCGUUGCUCUAACCGAAGGCAAAGCUCAGCUGGUUGAGGGGAGUAUUAUCGGUAGCAUCUUCGCUGGUGUUUUGUUUUUGCCUGGUCUUUCCAUGUGUUUCGGCGCUAUCAAGCGCAAAACACAACGGUUCAAUGUGAAAUCCGCCGGUGUGACCUCGACAAUGCUCCUAUUUGCUGUAAUUGCUGCCUUUGGGCCCACCCUUUUCUACCAGGUUUAUGGCAGUCAUGAACUGAAUUGCCACGCAUGCGAACAGCCUGGGAUUGACAGGGACUGUCGCCAGUGCUAUUUCUCCCAAACAGCUGCGGUCCAGGACUCGUUUUUCGAAAAGGCGGUCCAGCCUUAUGCGUGGUUUGCUGCCUUUCUCCUCUUUUUAUCAUACAUCAUCGGCCUUUGGUUUACUCUUCGGACCCAUGCUGCCUUGAUCUGGGCUACUGAGAUGGAGGAAAAGAAGGCUGCUCAGGCAGCUCAGGCAGCCCAAGCCGCCCAAUCUGCCCCGGACUCUUUCCCAUAUGAGCCAAGACAUCUUCUGUUCUCUGGUGGUGCUCCCGAGGCCUCUGGCGCAGCUACUGGCAACAAGGAUUCUAUUCGGGAGUCCCAACUGUAUAAGCGCAUCGUGGGCCAAUCACUCAAGCACUAUGGCCUGGAUGACGGCAAUUCCUCCGGCAACUGGGAACAAACAGAGAAUGGCGGUUCUUCCUCCACCGAUACCAAGGGAAACACGCCCCAUCUGGUACCUCCUCGAACAGCCGGUGCUGAUGGCUGCCCUGUACCCAAGGCCAUACGGGGUCUUACUGGCGAAGAUAACGAGCGUCUUGUGCGUCAGGUCACCGAUGUUGCGGCGACUGCUGCGGCCAUGGCUGCUCGCGACGCGACUAGGAGUCGUAAGCCCGCAGGUCAACAAACUGCCGGACGCCAUGCUGGUCGGGCUAUGGCAGAUCAGGUGAAACCUCCUGGUGACGAGGGAGAUGCUUCCGGUAUUGUCGUCGACCCUACCGCCCAUGCAGCAGCUGGAGGAGGUCAUGAUGCGCCGAAUUGGAGCAAGGCCAAGAGUGCCAUCAUCCUAAUGGGAGCUACGAUUCUCUAUGCCAUCAUCGCUGAGAUUCUUGUCAACACCGUUGAUGUCGUGCUGGAGAAUGUGGACAUUGACGAGAAGUUCCUCGGCAUUACUCUCUUCGCUUUGGUGCCCAACACAACCGAAUUUUUGAACGCUAUUUCCUUCGCGAUGAACGGCAACAUCGCCCUGUCCAUGGAGAUCGGUUCUGCAUACGCAUUGCAGGUUUGCUUGUUGCAGGUUCCCGCUCUUGUCCUAUUCAGCGCCCUGUAUACCCGCUCGAUUGACCCAGCCGAACUCGCGAGACAUUCGUUCAAUCUCAUCUUCCCCCAGUGGGACAUGAUCACCGUGAUUCUUUGCGUUUUCCUCCUGUCGUACGUCUACGGCGAGGGAAAGAGUAAUUAUUUCAAGGGCUCCAUCUUGGUCCUUACCUAUCUCGUUAUUAUCAGCGGGUUCUACCUGUCUGGUUACAGUAACCUGGAUAACAUGGGCAUCGACCGAUUCGAUACCCUUGCUCUGGGAACAAGCCAGUCCCAAAAGUUCUACACCAUUGGACGUACCCGUGCCGGUGCGGCCUAUUAG